AUGGCUGAAGCUGCUGCUCGCUCCCCGCUGGCUGAAGCGGGCUAUCGCAUCAAUUCUCCUAUUAUUCACGCAGAUCAGCCACCCAGCAAAUAUCGAAAUCAAAGAAAUGACUAUCAAACUGCAAAUGAGGCUGUGGCUCACUAUCACGCGCGACAGGUGCAGUCCAACGCCGCCCGCCACGUCGCUCCUGACGCGCGUGUGUCUGCCAUUGUGAACGAGCAUCAGGCGAGCGAGGAAGACAAACGCAUGUCACAGGCCUCGUAUGCAUCUACCUCGAGCAGCCACAGCAAGAAAAACUACAAAACGCACAUUGGCCCCUGGCAACUGGGACGCACUCUGGGCAAGGGCUCCUCCGCCCGCGUGCGCCUCUGUCGCCACAACAUCACAAACCAGCUUGCCGCUGUCAAGAUUGUCAACCGCCGCAUGGCAUAUCUGGUCCAGGACAGCAGUUUAGCCGCCCUGAGCAAAUGGGACAGUCAUCUUCCCGAGCCCUCAGACGGCCAUAUGCGUGUCCCCAUGGCUAUUGAGCGAGAAGUCGCUAUCCUUAAGCUUAUUGAGCACCCAAACAUUAUGAAGCUCUACGACAUCUGGGAAAAUCGCUCUGAAAUUUAUCUCAUCCUCGAAUACAUCGACCAAGGAGACCUCUUCACAUUCAUCAACACCAAAGGGCGACUUUCGGAACAAAUUGCCAUCUUCUUUUUCCGACAGAUGAUCAGCGCCAUUGCUUACUGUCACUCGUUCAACGUAUGUCACCGCGACUUGAAGCCGGAGAAUAUUCUUAUUACCGCCGACUUGCAAAUUAAAAUUGCCGACUUCGGAAUGGCUGCUCUUCACCAAACAGCCACCCACCAGCUUGCAACUGCCUGUGGUAGCCCUCACUAUGCUGCGCCGGAGCUUCUCAAGAAUAGGCAGUAUCGCGGUGACAAAGCUGACAUCUGGAGCAUGGGAGUCAUUCUCUAUGCGAUGCUGUCGGCAACACUACCGUUCGACGAUCCUGACCUGCGAGUCAUGAUGGGCAAAACCAAGAAAGGAGUGUACGAGAUGCCCAAGCACAUCAGCCCCGAUGCCGAAGAUCUUAUCCGACGCAUGCUUCAAGUCAACCCCGAGCGUCGUAUCAACUUGCAAGAAAUCUGGAACCAUCCCCUGGUUCAAAAGUACAGCUACCAAGACGAUUUUGGUGACCUUACUAGCCAAAUUCUGGGCAAGGGAUUCAAGUAUGAUCCUGUACCUCGGAAUGAGAUUGACCCCCAACUGCUGCGACAGCUUCGAUCCAUGUGGCACAUGUUCAACGAGGAAGCUCUUGCGCAUAAAUUGACUUCCGAACAGCGAAACGACCAAAAGGCCUUCUACUGGCUACUUCACGACUAUCGGGAUAAGCAGCUUGAAGACUUUAAGCCCGAGCUGGCUCACUCAAUGAGCGACUAUCAUCAUAUGAAACCCUCUAUUUGGAAAAAGCGGGUGUCUACAUGUCAUUUCUCGCAGCCUCGAGCGAAUGGACACGGCCGCUCCAUUUCGCGCUUUACAGUCAUCUCUAACGCCGCCGAGGGAGAUGAUGCCACGGUCGUCAGCUACGACCCGUACAGGGCGAGUGGCAGACUGCAGCACUGUGACUCCAAAGUCGGCCAUACCAAGGUGGUCGUUCAUCGCGACAAUGCCGCAGCUCCAGUGGCCCAAGCACGACCGCGAAGCGCCUCCAGUGCCAACGUUCGUCGUGUUCGAGCCAAUUCAACCAAAGGCGCCGCACCUGCUAAACUUGGAUCUGCAAAGGGCUCGGUGACAUCUCUCAGCAGCCGGCAGGGCACACCGUCUCGCACUGGCCCCGGCCUUCGACACAAGCGUGCCGUCGAUUUCAGCCACAUACGCAAACGCUCGAAUUCAACGUCAAAUGUGCAGAAUGUUGCUCGUCGCCCAGGAACAGCAUCCUCUAGCGCCCGAGAACAAGCCGUUCCUCUUCAGCAGCUGCGAAGCAACAUACCUGCAGUGCCGAGAGUGCCUGCCGUGUAUAAGCGUCGUCAAUCCGACACACCUGCCGUAGUCAAGAAUGCUUCGGCGCUCUUCCGCGAUGAGCUUCGCAACUUUAGCAACGACAUUGCUCGCAACUGUGACGAGGCGUUCAGAAGCUCUUUAACCUACGACGACUCGGUGAUGAGUGAAAAUGAGAAGAACACCCGUGACUCGACCCCGUUUUCUUUCACCGCCGUUAGCCCUUCUGUCGCCACAGAAGCCACUGAAUUCUCUUCGAAGUCAUGGCAGCACCGACCAUUGCCAGCAUUGCCAGCAUUGCCAGCCGAAGAUGGUGGCUUGAGCGAUGCGACCACGGCAGCUGACUCGCGACCCAGUUCUGGGGAAGGUUACGGAAGUGAUGGCGAAUACAUUGUGGAUGGGACUACGCAGCGAUCUGUUUCUCUUUCCGUCCCACGGCAUGUCGACCGACGAAGUGUAUCUGCACCCGCGGCCAACGCCAAUGCCAAGAAGACAUCAGUUCUCCCUUCUAUCAAUGAGAACUCUGGUACAGGAAACAUGCCUAAUGACAAGUCGCGCACCGUCUCAGCGCCUCAAGCAAGUUCGAAGCGGGUGAGUGAUUCAACUCAAGACAUUCAGUUCCUGAAUAAUGUGGAGAAUACUAUUCGUAUGGUGGUGGAUUCUCCUGUCGGCCAGGGCGAGCAUAAAGCAGCCGAGGCUCCUGUUGUCAAGAGAAAAGUAACAAAGGAAGAGCUGGGGCGCAAGCUUCAUCUGCACAUUGCAUACAAUGCGGAUCGUGCCGUUGAACCUGGGCCCCAGGCGCCAGGUGAAGAGCCUCUAAGUGGUGGUGGCGUCCGCAGAAUGCGAUCCUGGUUUCGUCGGGUUUCGAAGACAGACUCUGAGCAAGAGACGAGCCCUCAAGGUAUUGAGAGCCAGAAGUCGCCUUCUCUGUCGCACAGCUCCCAAGAACCGCAGUCGGCGACGACUGAUGGGUCCUCAAAGAAGCGUGCAUUCAGUUUCCCUUUCUGGAAGAAUGGCCGAGCACAAGAGCAGGACACUGCGGCGGAUGGAGAACACACAGAGCGUGAGCGACCAUUGUCAACCAGCAGCCAGGCACACAGAAAGAGCUCAGCGGUAGCAACUGUGAAAAGCUCUGGAUCGGGCACGCAGCGCAGCAUUGAUGUUAAGCAAAACUGGUUGACACGCCUCUUCCGGGUCAAGCCAGCUACAAGCCAUAUAUGCAUGAACCUGUCGCGCAGAAGGGCGCGGCAGGAAGUGACAAUUCUUCUGCGUGAGUGGCGACGAUACGGGAUUCGCGAUAUCCAGGUGGACAGGCAGCGCAACAUUAUCUUUGCACGAAUUGCAGCUAAGAACUAUCUUAACAUCAAGGAGGUUGCGAUUGCUGCUGAGGUGGUGACGGUGAUUGAGCAUGGCAAGCGUCAGCCACUCAGUAUUAUCCGAUUUACACAGGAACGUGGAGCGGCCAGCAGUUUCCAUCGAGUCGUGGACACGAUCAGGAUUGUGUUUGAUGAUCGAAAUCUCGUUGUGACGGACCGCAACAAGCAAAAGAUGAUGAUCAGGACCCUCACGGCUGCCAGCUAA